AUGUGUGGUCCAACAGACCCAAUCCAUCAACCUCGAGUGAAGAGUUUAGGAUUCCUGGGAGGGCAGGAGCAGGGGGCGAGGCUGCAAAAGGUUGCAAGUGAAUUUGUGUUGUGGGGUUACCUCUGCUGCGCAGGCAGGUGGGAUCCGGAGUUGUCUUCAUCGGGUCCGAGCUCUCCCGCCUCGCCCUUCGACCGGGUAGUUGCGGGCGACUUUGGAGGCGAACCCUCAAGUGCGGUCUUCCAAUUCCCAAAUGUUGGGGGGCCCUCGCAAGAAGACAGUGCCGAUGACGCAAACGCCUCUUCGCAUACACAGAGUCAGGGGACCCCGAAGAUCCCAGGAGCAGAAGAAGACCAGGAUGGGAGCAGCCCAGGACGCAAAGACUCGGACACACCUUCCGGAGAAAAGAUACCGGAGCAAAUCCAAGCUUCUUCUGGCGUUGUAUCCUCAUGGCAACACGACAGCCGCCGACGACCCUUGGUUCAGCCUGAAGAUAUCUGGUUGCCUAGGGUGGAACUCUCUGAUGGACACGAAGAGAGCGGAACAGUUACAGCGGGAGAACGCAAGCACAAAGGGGGGGGCGGGGAACUGGUUCGCUCAAGUUCGUUUGCACGUCCAUCUCGUGGAACUGAUGGAGGUCAAGAAGACACUGAUUCCAAGGACGCUGACGCAAGUGGACGUCCCAGAACAUCAAGCGCAGGGAAGGGGCAUGUUCAAACCUGGCUAGGCGACCGACACGCUAGUCUCAGAUAUUCCUUCAAGGGAGUCAAGGACAAAAUGGCCAAGAAAAAGCUAGAAGAGGCUGUGGAUGCGGCCCGUAAGAUGUGCAUUCCAGCCAAGAGGCUGCGCACAGAAACUAUACAAUUUGAACAUGGAGGAGUACAGGUGGAGAUCACUGUUACGGAACUCAUAGGAUUCAACUGGGAGUCAGCUUGGUUGGUGAAGCAAGUGGGGACGCAGUUGGAGAAAGCAUAUUUGAGUGCAUUGGAGAAAGUUGAAAGUCAUGGCUCAGGUAAGCCAGACCCUUUUGCUGGAGCCUCUUGUGCUGCUCCUUUCUAUGCGGUAUUGCUUUGGGGGAUCGCGGACAUCCUUGAUUUUGGCAAUUGGAGCACGAUGCGGACGUUUUCCGUUACACAUGAGAGAGGAGGACGCGUAGACGGCCAGUUAGCUGUUAGCGUGACAGGUCGGUUUCAAGUCAAAGAAGGACUUAGUGUUCUUGAACGCAGAUUUGACUUUUACAGACGUAUUCGCCAUUUGUUGCUUGUUAAACGAGGCAUCGAGGCCUCUGUGUGGGGGACGUUCUUGUUUUCAGCAACGCAUGUGCAACCGUUACCUUUGGAAUUUCUUUCGUUACGAAGGGGAGCACGUCUCCAGGAAUCAUCACGCGCCCGUUCGGAGGUCGACGUCUCCAGAGGAGGCGCGCUACCGGCACCACGCCAAACGAAGUCGGAGGGAGUUUCGUCACCGGGGAGUACCGGAAGCUCCGAUGAUGACAGCUAA